CACAAUCCGUGGCUCUGUCUAAAUGGGAUCAUUGGUGAAAUGAGAUUAGAGACGUCCAUCUGAGGAGGCAGCAGACCGAGCACCUGCUCUCUUGAAUCGAUGUCCCGGGGGACGGCACCGCGCACUAAUCAAGGCGUCCGUCUCCAUGGCUAAUUCCGUUAGCAGCCACGCGCCUGCCUCUUCCGCUCCGUGCCAGGCAGCCCCCACAUCCACAUGCAGUCCACUCCAGAUCCGUGUUUUCUAUUAUGCUUGAAUAUAUGGGACAUGCAUCUCGGUCCUCUGCCCGCCACCCUGCUGCAGUGUGCUUGUUUUGCAGAGCUGUGUGGUAGCCUGGCUGGACUCAGGACUGACCGGAGCAGGGACACACGCUGGGUCCUCCUGGCCUCCCUCCAGCCCAAGCACGCAGCCCCUGUCUGCCUGCUGAGAAUCCUCUGCUCCUUGCAUUUGGAUGCUGCCAGCAGUGCAGCUGCCACCGAGCCUCGAGUCGCAGUGCACCCUCUGCGGGGAGCCAGAAGAGGAAGAAGGUGGAGACCUGGCCCAGCCGGGCCUCAGCUUCCCAGGGCCUGCGGAGGAGGACCUAGACCAGCAGUAUUCAUGGUCCCCGACGCAGCACUUCAAUGAGGAAAGAUACUCCCCCGUCCCGAGGAACAUGAAAGGCUUAUCUGGAAGUCGAAACCAACCACAGCUGUGCGCUGGCCACACGUGUGGCUUAACGCCCCCUGACGACUGCGAGCACCCCCGCGACCACCUGCGCCAUGGGCAGGACAUGCGGCAGCCCUAUCUGCUCAGCCCAGCCGAGAGCUGCCCGCUGGACCACCACCGCUGCUCGCCCCGGAGCUCCGUGCACUCGGAGUGUGUGAUGAUGCCCAUGGUGCUGGGCGACCACGUGUCCAGCAGCACCUUUCCCAGGAUGCACUACAGCUCCCACUACGACACCAGGGACGACUGCACCAUGUCGCAUGCCAGCACAAAGGCCAACCGCAUCCCCGCCAACCUCCUGGACCAGUUCGAGAAGCAGCUGCCGUUGCACAGGGACGGCUUCCACACGCUGCAGUACCAGAGAGCCCCAGCCACGCCCGAGCAGCGCAGCGAGAGCCCGGGCCGCAUCCGGCAUCUGGUGCACUCUGUGCAGAAGCUGUUCACCAAGUCACACUCCCUGGAGGGCUCCUCCAAGGGCAACGUCAACGGGACCAAGGGGGACAGCCGGGGGGACGACCACCACCAUGGCCACCCCUCCAAACACAGCAAGCGGAGCAAGAGCAAGGACCACAAGCCCGAGGGCAAGCACAAGUCGGGCCUGAGCAGCUGGUGGAGCUCAGAUGACAACCUGGACAGCGACAGCACGUACCGUCCGCCCAGCGUGGCCAAGCGGCACCACAUGGACCACCUCGCCCACUGCUACCCCGAGGCACUGCCCAGCCCCUUUGGGGACCUGUCCCUGAAGCCCUCCAAGAGCAACAACGACGUCAAGUGCUCGGCUUGCGAGGGCCUGGCCCUGACGCCCGACGCCAAGUACAUGAAGCGCAGCUCCUGGUCCACGCUCACGGUGAGCCAGGCCAAGGAGGCCUACCGCAAGAGCUCACUGAACCUGGACAAGCCGCUGGCCCACCCAGAGGUGAAGCCCGCCCUGCGGCCGUGCCACUACCUCCAGGUGCCGCAGGACGAGUGGGGUGGGUAUCCCCCCGGCGGCAAGGACGAUGAGAUCCCCUGCCGGAGGAUGCGAAGCGGCAGCUACAUCAAAGCCAUGGGGGACGAGGAGAGCGGGGAGUCGGACUCCAGCCCCAAGACCUCCCCGACGGUGGCCCUGCGGCCCGAGCCGCUGCUGAAGCCCAUCCCGCAGAGACCGCUUGGAGACCACCAAACCCAGAGCUACCUGCAAGCUGCAAGUGAGGUGCCUGUCGGUCACAGCUUGGACCCUGCUGCCAACUACAACUCCCCGAAAUUCCGCUCCCGGAACCAGAGCUACAUGCGGGCAGUGAGCACCCUGAGCCAGGCCAGCUGCGUGAGCCAGAUGAGCGAGGCCGAGAUGAACGGGCAGUUCGAGUCGGUGUGUGAGUCAGUCUUCAGCGAAGUGGAGUCUCAGGCCAUGGACGCCCUGGACCUGCCAGGAUGCUUCCGAACCAGGAGCCACAGCUACCUUCGAGCCAUCCAAGCUGGCUACUCCCAAGACGAUGAAUGUAUCCUCUCGAUGAUGCCCUCCAACGUGACCUCCACCAUCAGGUCCAGCGCAGCUGUCUCCUACCCCAACUACAAGAAGACACCCCCGCCAGUGCCCCCUCGGACCACCUCAAAGCCCCUCAUCUCCGUGACAGCCCAGAGCAGCACGGAGUCCACCCAGGAUGCCUACCAGGACAGCCGCGCUCAGAGGAUGUCCCCGUGGCCACAGGAUGGCCGCAGCCUCUACAACUCCACGGACAGCCUGGACAGCAACAAGGCCAUGAACCUGGCCCUGGAGACGGCUGCAGCCCAGCGCCACGCGGACAGCCAGGGCGGCUCCAUGCGGCCCGGCGACAAGGCCAUCCUGACGUCCAAGGCCGAGGAGCUGCUCAAGAGCCGCUGCGCCUCCAUCUCCAUCGGGGUGCAGGAUUCUGAAUUCCCCGACCUUCAGCCAUACCCAAGGUCAGAUGUGGAAACGGCCACAGACUCUGACACGGAGAGCCGAGGCCUGCGAGAGUACCACUCCGUCGGGGUGCAGGUGGAAGACGAGAAGCGGCAUGGGCGUUUCAAGCGCUCCAACAGCGUCACGGCCGCCGUGCAGGCUGACCUGGAGCUGGAGGGCUUCCCGGACCACAUCACUAUGGAGGACAAGGGGCUCCAGUUCGGCUCCUCCUUCCAGCGGCACUCGGAGCCCAGCACGCCAACCCAGUACGGGGCAGUGAGGACAGUGAGGACGCAGGGCCUCUUCAGUUACCGAGAGGACUAUCGGACCCAGGCGGACACCGCCAGCCUGCCCGCCCCCGAGCCCUGGCUGGAGUCCGCCCUGGAGCCCGUGGAGACCGGGAGGAUGUCCCCGUGCCGCGGGGAUGGCUCAUGGUUCCUGAAGCUGCUCCACACGGAGACGGAGCGGAUGGAGGCCUGGUGUAAGGAGAUGGAGCGGGAAGCAGAGGAGAACGACCUCGCCGAAGAAAUUCUCGGGAAGAUCCGCAGCGCCGUGGGGAGCGCCCAGCUGCUCAUGUCCCAGAAGUUCCAGCAGUUCUAUUGGCUCUGCCAGCAGAACAUGGACCCCAGCGCCAUGCCGAGGCCGACGUCCCAAGACCUGGCAGGCUACUGGGACAUGCUGCAGCUCUCUGUCGAGGACGUCAGCAUGAAGUUCGAUGAGCUGCACCAGCUGAAGCUGAACGACUGGAGGGUCAUGGAGUCUCCCGAGAGGGAGGAGGAAAGAAAGGUCCCCCCUCCAAUACCAAAGAAGCCCCCCAAGGGGAAAUUUCCCAUCACAAGAGAAAAGUCUCUGGACCUGCCAGACCGCCAGCGCCAGGAGGCCCGGAGACGGCUCAUGGCUGCUAAGCGUGCGGCCUCCUUCCGCCAGAACUCAGCCACUGAGCGGGCCGACAGCAUCGAGAUCUACAUCCCCGAGGCCCAGACCCGGCUCUGAGGACCGGACCGGACCGGACCGGACCGGACGCGAUGCAGCAACACUCGCCUGUUCUCAUUCUUUUUAACAAAACGCUGUACAGUUUAUUGCCUACCUG